AUGUCCGCGACACUAAGAUCGAAUAUUUACUUGCAUUUUAAGGCGCCUAAUGAGUUGUUGAAUGUUCAUGAUUAUUUCAAGAAAAUAGAUGCCCAGGAAUGGAGGUUAAAAAAUUACCUAAAUUAUCGUUUAGAAACCGAAAAUGAAAUUCCAACCUGGACUGAUGUUAUUAAUGUUUGGAAGAAUUCACUCGAAGUUAUGAUAAAAACCAAUCACAAAAAAGUUCCAGUCAGUGUAAAUUCGUUUUGCAAAGAGUUAAUUAAUUUCAGUUCUUUUGAGGGAGAGUCUAUUCUAAAAAGUUGUACGGAAUGGUACAGUAAUUUCUACGAGCGUUACUGUGAUCUCCAACUUACCGAAAGGGUUCAGCACCUUGAGAAAAAUAUAUAUUCGUCUCAAGGAAUAUCAAAGCUGUUACGAAAAGAAACAAAUAAAAAAAAGAGAUCAAAGAGUGAUAAAGAAGCAGACACGUCAAAACAGAAAGAAGUGGUCAGCGAGCAAAAAAAGAGAAGAACGUAUGAAGAAUCAACAGGAGAAGAAUCGACGGAAGAAUUGUCUUUCUUAUUUGAUGAGGCGCAUGAAGAUAAAUUAGUUGAAUCCAUUGACGAAUCCAUUUUGGGAGAAGAAAUAUCAUUACCUGUUUCAAAUGAUACUUCAAAGCAAGAAUUUCAUAGUAUCUCUGAUAAAUUCAAGAAGUAUCAGAAUAAAAUUCCAAAGACGCAUCAGAUUAUAACAUUAGGGUACUGGGGAGUUUUUGACCUGACGCAAGAGAGCCUUUAUGAGUGUAAGGAGUUUUCCCAAUGCGAAAUUAAUAAAAUCUCACAAGAUUUUGCAAAUCAUAUUCAAUGGUCUCCGAAACCAACUCCAAAAAACCUUCAAACAUAUUUUGAUUCCAAUUGCGAUCCAGUUAAUCUUGAAGAUAAUGAAGACAAAGAAAAACUACACGCGAAUAUUCAAUUUAUAAUCCUUAACAUGAAAAAGGUCGGAGGUAAGACGGAGGAAGAGCUUAAAUUUACUACCAUAUACCCUUUAUUCAAUGCAGUCAUGGAUCCUUCGUUAGUAAAAGAUACAUGGGGAGAGAUUCAGACGCUUGGCUCAAAAGAUAUGAGAAAUGAUAAAACAAAUCCUUUUGUCAAAGCUCGUAUGGGGCGCAAGGUUGAUAUGAAAGGCACCCUAACAAAGACAUCCAAUAAGUUUGAAGCCUUAUACGGGGAGGUCGCAAACGGGUUAUGUCCACUUGGAAUAUCGCUUGCAUCACAAAAAAAGAAAUAUUUGGACAAAGUCAAACUUGCGGUAUUAAUGAGAGACUCGUUAAAUAGUACUUUAAAAAAAUGGAAAUAUUUAAAUGAUGAGCAGAGAAAAAAGCUUAUUGUAUAUGGUUGGACGCUUGCAGGAUUUGACUUAUCUCUAUAUGCAAUGGACUGGACCGGAAAUGGGAUGUAUCGCUUUGGAUUGAUAGAAAAUUGUCAACUCCCGUCAAAUAAAGAAAAUUGUGGCUUAUUUGAAGGUGUCUUUUGCCUCUUGAAAGAAUUGGAGAGGAAAUUAACUGAAACGGAAAAGGUCAUCCAGGAAUUACAUGUCGCAGACACGCGUGGAAAGUGUAGACAAAUAACUACUGAGAAUAGCCCAACCCUAAAUCUUAAUAGAACUCCUAAUUAA